AUGAUCACUGCCGCAAUCGAUGACGCAAUCAGUCAGGCUAUGCCAGCCUUCGAGACCAGACUGACAGCUUUCGAGACCAGACUGACAGCUAUUGAAGCCAAAUUCCGCCCUGCUGAGUACCAAGUUACCGCUCCUCAGCAUAGGCCAUGGCAACAAUCAAUUGUGGAGAAAACUGCGGAGAAAUCUACGGAGAAAACUGCGGUGAAAUCUACGGAGAAGACUACGGAGAACAAGAGCACGGGCAGCAGCAGCGACAAUGACAAUACGGGCACGCUCUCCACUAUUCCACACCAAGCUACUAUGCAUUAUUGCAGAGAGUCUCCUAUUCGCCUUAAUAACGCUUUACUUCUCGCCUCUCUUCUCGUCUCUCAACUCGCCUCUCCACCUGACUACAUUCACUACGCGAAAGGCAUGGAGGCUACAGGUCAAGGAUAG